AUGGCAAGGAAGAAGAUCAGAGAGUAUGAUUCCAAGAGACUGUUCAAAGAGCAUUUCAAGAGGCUUUCUGGUUCUGAAUUGGCAAUCAAAUCUGCCCAAGUUACCGAGUCAACUGAUUUCAAUGAACUGGUCGACAAAGAACCUUGGCUCUCAUCAACAAAACUGGUUGUCAAACCUGAUAUGCUAUUUGGGAAGCGUGGAAAAAGCGGUCUAGUUGCCUUGAACCUGGAUCUGGCUGAAGUUGUGGCUUUUGUGAAAGAGCGGCUGGGCAAAGAGGUAGAGAUGGGGGGAUGCAAAGGACCGAUUACAACAUUCAUUAUCGAGCCAUUUGUUCCACACAACGAAGAGUUCUACCUUAAUAUAGUCUCCGAGAGGCUUGGUUGUAGCAUCAGCUUUUCGGAAUGUGGAGGAAUUGAAAUAGAAGAGAAUUGGGACAAGGUUAAGACUAUCUUUGUGCCAACAGGUGUAUCUUUUACACCAGAGCUAUGUGCUCCCCUCGUGGCAACCCUUCCCUUAGAGAUUAAAGGUGUAAUUGAAGAGUUCAUCAAAGUGAUCUACACUUUAUUUUUAGCUCUGGAUUUUACUUUCCUUGAGAUGAAUCCUUUCACCUUGGUUGAUGGAAAGCCUUAUCCUUUGGAUAUGAGAGGCGAACUCGAUGAUACUGCUGCAUUUAAGAACUUCAAAAAAUGGGGAAAUAUUGAAUUUCCUAUGCCAUUUGGAAGAGUUAUGAGUGCUACAGAAAGCUUUAUUCAUGGACUAGAUGAAAAGACUAGUGCAUCUUUGAAAUUCACGGUCUUGAACCCGAAAGGCCGAAUUUGGACUAUGGUAGCCGGAGGAGGCGCAAGUGUCAUCUAUGCAGAUACUGUUGGGGAUCUUGGUUAUGCCUCCGAGCUCGGGAACUACGCAGAAUACAGUGGUGCUCCCAACGAAGAGGAGGUCUUGCAGUAUGCCAGAGUUGUUAUUGAUUGUGCAACUGCAGAUCCUGAUGGUCACAGACGAGCACUUGUAAUUGGUGGUGGAAUAGCCAACUUUACUGAUGUCGCUGCUACAUUCAAUGGCAUAAUUCGAGCUUUAAAGGAAAAGGAAUCAAAGCUCAAGGCUGCAAGAAUGCAUUUAUACGUCCGAAGAGGAGGUCCUAAUUACCAAAAGGGACUUGCAAAAAUGAGAUCUCUUGCAGAAGAAAUCAGCAUUCCUAUUGAAGUGUAUGGACCUGAGGCAACCAUGACUGGCAUAUGCAAACAGGCAAUUGAGUGCAUUACUGCUGCUGCAUAA